GGCGGAGCGGCGGGCAGCCCGGCCUCCUGCGCGCCGCGGGCCUGGGAGGACCCCCGCGACAGCCCAGCGCAGGCCCACGGAGCACGGCGGCGGCGGCUUCGUUGCAAAGACUGACUGCGCCGGUGGUCCCAGGGCGCACUCGGCUGGCCACCCUCGCCGCCCUGGCUGAGUGUCGCGCGGCCGGCGCCAUGUCCGUGAGUGAGAUCUUCGUGGAGCUGCAGGGCUUUUUGGCUGCCGAGCAGGACAUCCGAGAGGAAAUCCGAAAAGUUGUACAGAGUUUAGAACAAACAGCUCGAGAGAUUUUAACUCUACUGCAAGGGGUCCAUCAGGGUGCUGGAUUUCAGGACAUUCCAAAGAGGUGUUUGAAAGCUCGGGAACACUUCGGUACAGUAAAAACACACCUAACGUCUUUGAAGACCAAGUUCCCUGCUGAACAGUAUUACAGAUUCCACGAGCACUGGAGGUUUGUGCUGCAGCGCUUGGUCUUCUUGGCCGCGUUUGUCGUGUACUUGGAAUCGGAAACACUCGUGACUCGAGAAGCGGUUACAGAAAUUCUUGGCAUUGAGUCAGAUCGGGAGAAGGGAUUUCAUCUGGAUGUGGAAGAUUAUCUCUCAGGAGUUCUGAUUCUUGCUAGUGAACUGUCGCGGCUGUCGGUCAACAGCGUGACGGCCGGAGACUACGCGCGGCCCCUGCACAUCUCCACCUUCAUGAACGAGCUGGACUCCGGCUUCCGCCUCCUCAACCUCAGGAACGACUCGCUGCGGAAGCGCUACGACGGCCUCAAGUACGACGUGAAGAAGGUGGAGGAGGUGGUCUACGACCUCUCCAUCCGCGGCUUCAACCGGGAGACGGCGGCGGGGGCUGAGAAGUAGCCCCGGCCGCCCCGCCCCGGCCCGCGCGCCCCGCGGCGCAGCUCCUCUGGCCCCUCCACCGGCAGCGGGGCGCCCGAGUGGCCGAGAGGAUGCCUUCCCAGGGACAGUGGUUUCGUGCAUUUGCUGUGAUUCCGUGUAUUUCAGUUCUGUCAAAGUGUCAGCGUCCAUCUCUUGGUAAAGUCCUUUCCUUGCUUAUCCCGAUGCUGUUAAUGUGCCGACGGGAAGUUUACUGUCUUGUUCGUGAUUCUUCCAGAAGUGAUCCUUGACGAUUUCUUUACCCAAAGUAGCCAUCCGUACCAGGUGUAGCCUGGAUACAGUAUACAAAUAGAUCAUUAAAAAGGAUGGUUGUCAAGCAAAGGGCAACUUAUUUUAUAUUUUCUCUUCUUAUUUUAAGCCUUGUGAGUAAAUCAGAUGUUGAAUUUUUUUGCAAAGGAAUUAACAGCCACAAGGUUCUCUCUCACUGCCAUCAAAGUACUGAAGAUUAAACUGCAAAGUCUAGUUCAACAGGUUGUUUUGGGACGUUUUUGUAUUAUGGAUUGAGGAACAUCGUCUGACUUUUAUUUACCAGGUGGGGAGUGGGGUUCGAGUUUUAAAACACCUCUGUGUUCUGAUGUUGCCUUAACUUUGCUGUUGCAGCAAUUAAAGUCAUCUUCACACACAUUGUGAACUAACAUUUCAUGGGUUACGUUGCUAAGCUGUGAAACCUGCUACUUAACAUCCAGGUAGACCAUGUGGUCUGAGAGUGGAAAGCCACUCGGUUUAGAGAAACGGCAACUCUCUGGCUGCUGACGUGCAGAGAGGACAGUGCUGUGCUUUGUGAAUGGAAGAAAGGGAAAACCUAGGGCAGAGAAACACAAAACAGGAGCAGGUUUGGUAAUAGUUUUAUAGUAAGCAGUUCCGGGUUGAUGAUUACCCCAGCAGGCCGAUUUUACACGUACAGCCUUGGGCAAGUCACAUGUGUCUCGUGGGUACCCUUCGCCUCCUCCCUGUUUCCAGGGGGGCACUUGCCACGUAACUUGUGCUGUUGAACAGAAAUUAUUCAAAUGGUGACCUAAUCCACAGUGUUUUUGAGCUCACUGAAAGGAUGGUGGCUCACACCAGCUUGGGUCUCCUGUCUGGCCACGAGGAUUCUUGGUGUGGCCCUCAGAGCCACUAUCAGGCUGAGUGAAGGACUGACCAGAGUUUCCACCACAAGGAAAGAAGUAGAGAUGAGGCAUAAAUUGCUGUGCGUUGUUGGAUUUUAGAACAAUUUUCUUGACCGCCCUUUCUACGGAAGAAUUUGUAGAAAGAAAAAAGUUGUUAGGAUCUUAAAAGUGCCUAGGAUGCUCUUCUGAAAUGUGCAGUUGUUGCUGCCAAGACUGAGCCGAAAAGGCUUGGAGUUACACGAUCACACAUGGGCAGGGAGUUCGCCUUUCUGAGUAUUGGUUCUGCUUGAGAGGAGUCACGGUUUUGGCAAAAGUUAUGGAUUUCAGUUUCAAUAAAUACAUUUUAAGUAGAGGAGCAGAUUCUGGUCUUAUGACUCCAUUUGAGAAUUUAGAAGUGUCAACAUUCUUAAUUAUUCUGUUGUGUUUGUUGCUGGCUUGUUGUAAAGCAAUAAAAAGAGUUCUCUUUUC